AUGGACUCAAUGAAAGAUAUUGAUCGUUCAGAACCACCGAAUAAAAAAGUUAAGAUCGUUGAUACAGAUACAGACCAGGGUGAGUCCAAGAUGACAACUCCAGUUCCAAUCCAGAUUGAACUGUCACCCGCAGAGCAUCUCCUGCGCACUCUUCUACUCGACUGCCGAGAUCAUGUAUCUACCGGCUCUGGCAAUCGCAACGCAGGCGACAUGUGGUUCGUCGGCGGCUGGGUACGCGACAAACUCUUAGGAAAACAAAGCUGCGACAUUGACGUGGCUAUGAGUAACAUGACCGGUCCCGAAUUUUCUAGCCUUCUGAAAGAAUUUCUUUCUUUGGAGUCAGAUAAAUCCAGGACUACUACGAAAGGCGAUAUAUACAAAGAACAGGCAACGAAACGGGGUCUUCCAGCUGAAAUCAGAGGAUUCUAUGAAAUUGACCGUAAUCCUAAAAAGGGGAAACAUCUUCAGACCACCAGCGCAAAAAUUUUUGGAUUGGAUAUUGAUUUUGUGAAUUUGAGGACGGAGAAUGAUCUUACAGAUCAAGAAGGGAGUGUUAGUCGGGCUGAACAAGAUGCGAAACGACGAGAUGCGACUGUUAAUUCGAUUUUUUACAAUCUUGACUCGCAAGAGAUUGAGGAUUAUACGGCCAACGGACUGAGUGAUCUUAAAGCGAAGGUUUUGAGAACUCCGCUAGAUGCUCGCAAGACAUUUACGGAUGAUCCGUUACGGAUAUUGAGAUUUGUGCGCCUGGCGAGUACGCUUGGUUUUACUAUUGAUGAGGGCACAGAGACAACGAUUAGAGAUUCAGAGAUACAGUGCUUGAUAAGUACGAGGACGAGCCCGGAGAGGAUUGGGUUGGAGUUGAAAAAGAUGAUUACGGGGCCGGAUCCGGUGACUGCGUUGAUGUGGAUUCAUCGGUUGGGACUUUACAAGCAGGUUUUUCUGUGCGGGCAGAGCCAGAAAGUAUUGGACAAGGUGGCAGAGAGUGAAGAAUCAGAAGCAAAGGGCUGGGAAUCAGAGAAGGGAGAAUAUGUGUGGCCGUCAGCGUGGCCAGAGGCUUGUAAGACGGUAUCAAAAUUGUUCUUGCCGGAAAGCAAAGACAGUCUCUUGGCGACUGAGCUCGCACAAUCUCAAGACAUUGAGCUGGUCUGGCAGAUGGCAGUAUGGUGUCCUCUUGCACUGCUCUGUCAGCCAGAUGAUACUCGCCCUUUCCCCGUGGUCAAACCGGCAACGAAAGCGAUUCAUGCUACAAAUGAAAAAUCACGAUUACUGGAAGAUUCGUUGAGUAACAUGCGGGAAAUUCGGGCGAUGAUUGAUAAUGUCGUUGGAGGCAGCGACAAGGGGAGUCUACGCCGAGGCAUAGUCGGAAAAGCUAUACGAUCGUGGGGGAAGACUUGGAGACUGCAGGCCCUAUUCACGCUGUUGACGGAUAUUCUUUCCGUCAAAUUGGCGACGAAAACGGAGGAUUUGUUGAAUCGCUAUUCAGUCUUGCUGAAGUAUGUAUCCGAUCAAAAACUACAGGAUGCGCCGUCAAUGAAACAGCUCUUGACCGGAGGCGAAAUCAAGGAGAUCUUCGAACUAAGACGCAGCGGACCGUUUAUGAACGGCGUCCUAAAAGCAGUGCUGGAAUGGCAGUUUGAUCAUGAGAAUGAGUACGAAGAUAAUGCUCAACUCAAGGAAAAAGCGAUUGAAUGGUUGCGUGGAGAGAAGGAGGAGCUGAAUAUUCCAGACCCUGAUGUAGCAUGA